AAACCUAACGAAGGGCUAGAUAAUUUGCUUUCGGAAACAAAAAUAAAACUAAAUCAAAAUGUGUGAAAUAUUCCCAGAAGUGAAUACAUGUUGCCUUGUGACGUCAGUUAGGAUAGGGAUGUUAUUGAUCUCUAUAUUAGCCAUAAUGUCGGGUGUAGUCGUCCUGAGCGUUAUGGAGAAAUCAUCAAAUAUUAACAUGGGAAAAGUAGAAAACCUCACUUAUAUAAAGGAUCCAGAAGGUGCUGCGUCCGCUUUAAGUGUAAUUCUGCCUUCAUCGAUAUCUGCCAUAAGCACCAUAUUUAUGAUAAGUGGGUUCAUAUUACUGUUCGGGACUUUAUCAGAUGACGAAGGUUUCGUCCAGGUGUUUGUUUGGCUGACCUUCCUCGCAGUUGUGAUAGGAUUCAUCAUGGUGGUGGCGAUUGCGAUCGAGUGCCUCCUGAAACCUGUCUGCAUUCUGAAGGGACUUGACUGGUUGUCGGGGUCCACUCUGCUUAUCAUGACUGUUGCCUAUCUGUUCUUGUGGAUCUAUUUUAUAUGCGUGGCCAAUACGUACGUAUUGAAGGUGAUGCCGUGAACACUGUUACUGGAAUCAUGUGGAAUUGUUCAAGCAUUGUAAAAAUGUGAAUAUACUAUAAUAUUUCAAAU